AUAUACAAGAGGCAAAGCACACAAGGCGCAAUCUGAUCAGAACUACAGCAUCGCUGUGCAAGAAAUAUCUAGAAUUUGAGGAAGCAUCUUAAAGAAUGAGCACUAUUGACUUCUAUUACAUGCCGGGGUCGCCACCGUGCGCCUUUUUAGAGCUGACAGGCGCUGCGCUCGGCAUCGCCCACAGGUUCAGGUACCAUUGCAAGGAGUUAAGGAGAAACGAAACACUCCAGGAGGACUUCAUCAAGAUUAACCCUCAACACACCGUUCCGGUUAUCAUAGACGAUGGUUUCACGCUGUGGGAGUCGCGUGCCAUCUGCAAGUACCUCGUAGCAAAGUAUGGAAAGGAAGAGCAUAAGACACUGUACCCCGCAGACAUCAAAACCCGCGCCAUCAUCGACCAGAGACUUGACUUUGACCUCGGCACACUGUAUGCCAGAUUCUAUGAAUAUUACUACUGGCAAUUGAUUGACGGAUCUCCUUUGAACGAGGUCAGGUUUAAGUUGGUGCAAGAAGCGCUCGGUUUCCUCAAUAGCUUCCUUGAGGGCAAUAAAUUUGCGGUAGGAUCUAAUAUGACGUUGGCGGACUUGAACCUGGCCGUAACCAUAGAGAUCAUGAGGAUCUCAAACGUCAGCGUCCAGCAAUAUCCUAACAUAGUCAGGUGGUUCGAACUUGUGAAACGCACCGCGCCAAAGUUCGAAGAGGUUAUGCAGAAAUAUGGCAAAGAACAUAACGAGGUUGUAGAUUUCUACUUAGAGGCCACAGUUUUCCAACGUGCAGAGCAGGAACAACUUCAAAAUCAACUGAACAUCAAAAUGUGCUGUAUCACGAUCGACAACAGCAAAAUGACAAUCGACUACUACUGUAUGGACGGCUCACCGCCCUGCGCCGUGGUCACCCUGACAGUUACCGCGCUGGGCAUUGAAGCCAUAGUCAAGCAGCGCCUUGUCGAUGAAAUGAACAAUGAACAUCUAAAAGAGGAAUUCUUAAAGAUAAACCCGCAGCACACAGCUCCUGCAAUCGUAGACGAUGGCUUUGCUCUCUCCGAGUCUCGUGCUAUUGUCAAAUAUCUGGCAGCAAAGUACGGCAACAACAAAUAUUACCCCCAGGACGUCAAGACCCGAGCUCUUGUAGACCAGAGGCUGGACUUCGAUAUAGGGACCCUUUAUCCUAAACUCAUUGAUAUAUACUACUCAAAAAUUUUGAAGAAGCCUUUAACCGAGGAUCAAUUGAAGAAAAUGGAUGAUGCCCUGAGUGUCCUCAACAUGUAUUUGAAAGAGAACAAGUUUGUUGUGGGAGCGGAAGCCACGUUGGCCGACUUCAGUCUCGGCGUCACCGUCGCACUAAUGGAGGCCUUUGAAAUCAACAUAAAGAAGUAUACUAAUGUUGUCAGAUGGUUAGCACUCGUGAAGUCAUCUCUGCCAAAGUUUGAAGAGACAAUAACGGAGACUACAAAUGAUAUUAAAGAAUUUUUAGAGACCAUGUCAAAGCCACAAUAAAUAAAUUUCUAUUUGAAAUACAAA